CUGGCAGGGUUCUACUACGGUCCUAGCAGGCAAAGUGAGUAAGAGUCGACCGGCGCAACGGCAACGGGUGCAUGUUACCCCCUGGCAAUUGGGAGACAGAGCGCAGUCUCUGCAUGCACGGAAUAAGCACGAUGAGAUCUAGCUCGCUCUGCAUAUUGGAAUUAUAAUCCAGCAUGCCUGCCUCGGGCUCUUCGGGUCCAGCUUUAUACUCACACUUUCGUACCUAGCAUGCGGGUGCUGGUGACGACUGGGUACAUACUUCGAUCGCGUUUUCGGCGUCCCCUUUGACAUCCAACAAUACUGAUCGACUCGAAUACGCAUUCAAUUCAAUUCACGACUCCGCCGAACGAAACCCACCAUCGUCUACGCAGUAGAGAUGCGUACACAGCUCCCCUCCAUCCUGACCGCGCUCAGCGUCGUCUCCUACGCCCGGACUGCAUUCGGCGCCUGCUACUUCGACACGGGCGACCUCGUGACAGAGCCAGACUACCUGAAGUGCGUCGACACGCCGACAUGCUGCGCGCUGAACCGGACGAGCUCGCGAUCGAAGGACGAAUGCCUGCCCAAUGGCCUCUGCGAGAACACCGCGCUCUCGAACAACAACGUCGAGACCGUGACCUACUGGAGGGACUGGUGCUCCAACGAAGACUGGAGUAAUGGGAAGUGUCUGUCUAUCUGCAUACCCACGGACACGAACCAGCGCUUCAAAACCCAGCAAGUCACGCCCUGCACAGGCAAAUCCGACUCGUCGAAAUGGUGCUGCGGCGACACGACGGCCUGCUGCACCGACGACGACAAGUCCGGCGCCGUCGUCCUCGCCGCGACGUUCGGACAAUCCAUAUCCUCCUCCACAUCCUCGCCAACCUCAACCCCAACAACCGCCUCGUCAUCCCAUCCCGCCUCCACGACAGCAGCUAGUUCUACUUCGCCAUCCUCAACACCACCACCAGCCAGCAAGGUCGUCGCGGGACGGAGGGUCUGAUGCGGGGCGGUGGAUCAUCGGCGGAGAGCUGGAUGAUAAUGUGAAGAGGAGUGAGGUUUAUGGGAUGAGGAUGGCGCAUGAGUUGCCGGAGAAGGGGGCUGCGAGGGGGGUGGUGGAGCUGCCUUGAUGGGUGGAGGGUAGAGGGUUAAAAGGGUGUAGAUUAAU